AUGACGCGCCGAAGCCGGGAACGGCGCGCGGCCGCCGGCGAGGGAGGCCAGUCGGCAGCGCGCCCCGCCGCCGGCCCCCCGCAUUACGACGCCUACGAGGAGCGCCGCCUCGCCGAGGAGGUGCUCUACCUCCACUCCCUCUGGCGCAACGGCCCGCCCGCCCCCGCCUCGGCUCCCGCGCCACCCGCCGGAGGCUCCCGCCCCACCCGCGCUCGCCCCAACCAACGGAAGCGCCGCAGGAUCGAGCGCCCCGCCGCGGAGCCCGAGGGACCCGGCGCCGACUGGCCCCUCGCGCCCUCCCCGCCCGCCUCCCCGUCCCCCGCAUCCUGGCCCGACGCCGCCCCCUCCUCCCCCGCGCCCAGGCCGCAGCCGCAGCCUUCCCCCGCCUCGCUCGCGCAGCGGGACGCCCUCCGCGCCGCCGAGGAGUUCUUCUCCGGGCGCGGCUCCUCGGACGAGGACGGCGACGACGAGGAUGAUGGCUCCGAGCCGGAGGACGGCGGGGACGCGGCGGCGGGGUUCUUCCUCGGGCUGUUCGAGCGGGACGCCGCGCUGCGCGGGUACUACGAGCGGAGCCACGAGGAGGGGGAGUUCCGGUGCAUGGGGUGCGUGGGGAGGAAGAGGAAGAGGAAGGGCAGGAGCCAGGCCAGGAGGUUCCGGGACUGCAUCAGCCUCGUGCACCACGCGCGCGACGCCAAGCACUGCGGGAGGCCGCUGGCGCACCGCGCGCUCGCCGCCGUCGUCUGCCGCGUGCUCGGCUGGGACGUCAAGCGGCUGCCCAGCAUCGUCAUCGACCCCCGCGGCACGCUCGGCCAGGCCCUCCUCGCUAGGGAGGGCGCGAGCGCUGCCGUGCAGGAAGCAAAGGACAAUGUUGAUGCUGGGGAGAAUGGCCACAAGGAUGCAGCAAAGGAGGAUGUUGGUUUGGAGAAGAAUGUCUCAUUGACUGAUGACAAGAAGGAGGAUGUUGAUAGUGCCAUGAAUGAGGGCCCCUUGAGUGAUGGGGAUGCGGCAAAGGAGGAUGUUGACAGUCUAAUGAAUGAGGGCCCCUUGAGUGAUGGGGAUGCAGCAAAGGAGGAUGUUGACAGUAUAAUGAAUGACGGCCCCUUGAGUGAUGGGGAUGUGGCAAAGGAGGAUGUUGAUAAAGGGAAGAUCGGUGCUCCAAGUAAUAUCAAUGAUGGAGAGGUCCAUGACCAAGGGAAUGGUACAGGAACUGUUGAAAAGGAGUAUGAUGUAGUGAAGGCCCCCGCGCCCACCCCUCCCAGAGGCUCCCGCGCCAGCACCGACAGGCGGAAGCGCCGCAAGAUCAAGUGCCCCGACUCGCCCCUCGCGCCCUCCCUGCCUGCCCCCGUAUCCCCUUCCUCCCGGCCCGACGCCACACUCUCCUCCCCUGCGCCCAGGCAGCAAGGGCGAGAGCCUUCUCCUUCCUUGCUUGCUCAGCAGGACGCCCUCCACGCCGCCGAGGCAUUCUUCUCCAGGCGCGGCAUGUCAGGCGAGGAGGACGACGAUGUCAACGAGGCGGCGGGGUUCUUCCUCGGGCUGUUUGAGCGGGACGCCACGCUAAGGGGAUACUACGAGCGGAGCCACAAGGAGGGGGAGUUCCUGUGCAUGGGGUGCGUGGGGAUGAGUGUGAAGAGGGGUGGGUCCAGGAGGUUCCGGGACUGCGCCAGCCUCGUGCGGCAUGCGCGCGCCGCCACGCGCUGUGGGAGGCUGCAGGCGCAUCGCGCACUUGCCGGUGUUGUCUGCCGCGUGCUCGGCUGGAACAUCAAGCGGCUGCCUAGUAUCGUCAUGGACCCCCGCGGCACGCUCGGGCAGGCCCUCCUCGUCAGGGAGGGCGAGUCCACCGCUCAGGAGGCAAAGGGGAAUGUCAAUAUUGUGGAUAAUGAUGACACGGAUGCAGUGAAGGAAGAUACAAAUGAUAUACACCCACUGAGCUCCAAAGACACGAACGAUAUGGACCUGCUGAACUCCAAAGGCACGAACGAUAUGGACCUGCUGAACUCCAAAGACACACCUAAGGAGCUAUGUAAAGCUGUCCAGGAGGAAGGUGCUAUUGGCAAUAAGCAGGAGCAUGCUAAGAGUGCAGAUGAUAUGGGGGACACUUGUAAUGUCAGACUAGAAAACAAUUCAUCAAAGGAAGAAGCUGUUACAGAGAACAAGGAGGAGCAUACUGACGGUGUUGUUGACUCUGGAGAUGAUACUGGUAACUUGGGAAACAAUUUAACGGACUCAUCAAAGAGUUGAAAGUUGAGAUUGUACUGUGUACACACGAACCGAAGAAGCUGAUCCUGGUAUCUAUCCACCUGUGGAGAAGGAGGGCUGACCAUCUCCUAUUCUGUUUCGUGAAUUCUGCUGGGGCAUUGCUCGAUUUUACCUUCGUGUAGUUAAUCAACUGUUCUUCUUCCUUGGCCUAACUGAAACAUCGAUUGUUCUCCAACUUGAGCACUCUCAUGUUAAGAGAGAAGUUUCUGGUUUGGUCAGUUAGAUUCAGUUGCAAUUUCUUGAAGUGAAUUAAGCGAUUUGAUCCCUCUA